AUGAGCCAGUUACUCACGACGCGGCAGGCAGAGGAGCUACAUAAAUCCAUCAUUGCCUACCUUGCCUCUGUGAACCUCAGUGAAAGUGCAACGACUCUGCGUGCGGAGCUCGGUGAUGCGGUUACGAUAGACGAUGCCACGAUCAAGAAGUAUGAGGGCUUGUUAGAGAAGAAAUGGACCAGUGUGGUUCGGCUACAGAAGAAGAUAAUGGAUCUGGAGUCCAGAUGCGCCGCACUGCAAUCGGAACUUGAUUCAGCAACACCGACCUCCCUGCUGCGAAAGAACCAGGACCCCACAGCAUGGUUGCCCCGGGCCCCUCCCCGCCAUACCCUUGAGUCUCACCGAUCGCCUGUCACCUGUGUCGCGUUCCACCCUGUCUUCUCCUCUUUAGCAUCUGGCUCGGACGAUACGACGAUUAAGAUUUGGGAUUGGGAACUGGGUGAACUAGAACGUACUGUGAAGGGACACACCAAGGCCGUGCUGGACGUCGAUUAUGGUGGACCCCGCGGCGGGACACUGCUCGCAUCCUGCUCCUCCGACCUUACAAUCAAGCUAUGGGAUCCGUCAGAUGACUACAAGAACAUCCGAACACUACCGGGUCACGAUCACAGUGUCUCAUCGGUCAGAUUCAUUCCGUCAGGUGCGGCUGGCUCGCCCAUGUCGGGGAAUCUGUUAGUCUCCGCUUCCCGAGAUAAGACCCUGCGGAUCUGGGACGUAACAACCGGGUACUGCGUGAAGACACUGUCAGGUCAUGUUGACUGGGUACGAGCGGUCGCACCAUCGAUUGACGGCCGGUUUCUCUUCGCUGCGGGCGACGACCGCAUUCCUCGAUUGUGGGAUCUCUCAGCGGCAGAAACUAGAUCAACAUUCCUUGGGCACGAGCAUGUGAUUGAAUGUGUUGCUAUUGCUCCCGCUGCCAGCUAUCCGCAUCUGGCGGUUCUUUCUGGCUUGAAGAAACCGCCGUCUGCUUCCUCGUCCGCAGAGUUCUUUGCAACGGGAUCCCGCGACAAGACUAUCCGGCUAUGGGAUUCUCGGGGCAAUCUUAUCAAGACACUUGUGGGACAUGAUAACUGGGUGCGCGCGCUCGCCUUCCAUCCAGGCGGUAAAUAUCUUUUGUCGGUAUCAGACGAUAAGACCAUCCGCUGCUGGGAUCUCACGCAGGAGUGCAAAUGCGUCAGAACGAUUGCCGAUACCCACGAGCACUUCGUGACCUGCCUUCGAUGGGCGCCUCCGUUGAUCAAAGAUUCAGGCGCGAAUGGGGAUGCUGGAGCCAACGGGACGCCUGCAGCCACUACAACAUCCAACGGUGCAAGACAGGAUCCAAACGCGGCGAACAAAAUCUCCAUCCGAUGUGUCAUCGCCACCGGCAGCGUUGACCAGAAGGUCCGUGUUUUCGCAACCUAA